AGAUAACACGUAAAAUUUGAAUAUGUCAUAUGGACAAGGGUUGCAUCACAGCGGCAUAAUUUAAUAUGGCAAGAUCUAUCGUGGAGGAGGUGAAGAUAAUACAUAGAACUUACCUACCUACUUUUUGCCUUGAUAUUGGAGUUAUGAUUUUCAAGAACUCCAUCAAGAAAGAAGUAGAUAGCCCACUGGUAGCCGCCGACGGUGAAGCUCUCGCUGGCUAUGUGCUUCCCGAUGCCCAUGCCCUUGGCCAAGGAGUAGCCCUUGAUAGUGAAACUGUGAGAGCCGUUGACGGUCUGAGUCACCGACUGGGAGCUUGUGGGGGAGCCGACUGGGGAAGGCAUGGGUGCUGGAACGCUUGGGUAAUUUCUCUGGGAAAAUGAUGGAAAAUUUUGAGGGGAGAAUGAAGGGAUGAGGAAAAUGGAAUCUGUGUGCGCUUUUGAAGAUAUGAAAUGUGUGUGGGGGUCGGUGGGACCUUUCUUGGACGCCAAUACAACGGUUUCUUCUCUGUACUUUCAAGUGUCUACUUUGUUCUUUCACUGUUUAGAAUUAAAAAAAAAUAAAAACACUAUUAUAUA